GAGCGUCUGCUCUGAUCGGAACUGGACUAAUCACAACGCUUUACUCAUACGAUGAUUAAGCAGAGCUUGGCGGCUUUAUUUGUGGUGCUGCUGCAGCUCCUCUGCCCAGCUUGGAGCCAGCCCUUUCCCAACUACCAUGCGGACUUUGUGGACAUCGAAGAGAAGGACACGGAUCUCAAGUGGUGGCAAACUGGCGCCUUCUACCAGAUCUACCCAAGGUCAUUUAAAGACAGCAACGGCGAUGGCGUGGGCGAUCUGAAUGGAAUCGCAGCGCAACUGCCCUACCUCAAGGAAAUCGGCAUCACGGCCACUUGGUUGUCGCCCAUCUUCACCUCGCCGAUGGCCGAUUUUGGCUAUGACAUUGCCAAUUUCACGGAAAUUGCGCCGAUCUUUGGUACUAUGGAGGAUUUUGAGAAACUAAUGAAAGUGGCCAAGGAGCAGGACAUCAAGAUCAUUCUGGACUUUGUGCCCAAUCACUCGAGUGACGAGUGCGAAUGGUUCCGCAGAUCAGCGGCAGGAGAUCCGGAGUAUAAGGAUUUCUAUGUAUGGCAUCCUGGCCAUGUGGAGAAUGGCAAUCGCCGUCCGCCUUCCAAUUGGAUUAGUGUUUUUCGGGGCAGCGCCUGGCAGUGGCACGAGGGUAGGCAAGAGUACUAUCUGCAUCAGUUUGUGAAAAAGCAGCCGGAUUUGAACUAUCGAAACCCCAAGGUUCGGGAGGCCAUGAAUAACGUUCUCCGCUUUUGGCUGGCCAAGGGCGUCGCGGGCUUUCGCAUCGAUGCAGUGCCUCAUGUCUUCGAGAUUGCGCCGGAUGCACAGAACCAGUAUCGCGACGAACCGCGCAAUGAUUGGGACAACGACCCCGAGGAUUAUGGCUAUCUGCAGCACAUCUACACCGUGGAUCAGCCGGAGACCAUUGACCUAGUCUACUCUUGGCGUGCCGUGCUAGACGCCUUCCAGCGGGAUAACGGAGGCGAUGAGCGGAUCUUGAUGGCCGAGACCUAUUCGCCCAUUAACAUCGUGAUGCGUUACUAUGGCAACGAGACCGCGGAGGGAGCCCAACUGCCGUUCAACUUUCUGCUGAUUAGCGAAAUCUCGAACUCGUCGAAUGCCCACGCCUACGAGGACACCAUCCAAAAGUGGCUACAGCACAUGCCAAAGGGACGCACCGCCAACUGGGUGCUGGGCAACCAUGAUAAGCCCCGAGUUGGCUCCCGUUUGGGCACAGAUCGCGUGGACAUGCUAAACAUGCUCACGAGCACUCUCCCCGGCGCCAGUGUCACCUACCAGGGCGAGGAGCUGGGCAUGACCAAUGUGUGGAUCUCCUGGAAGGACACCGUGGACCCCUCUGCCUGCAACACCAACCCAAGUAUCUAUGAGAACUUCUCCCGCGAUCCUGAGCGCACACCCUUCCAGUGGAGCGACGCUCAGGAUGCUGGCUUCAGCAAUGCCAGCAAGACCUGGCUGCCCAUAGCCCAGAACUACAAGCAGGUCAAUGUGGAGCUGGAGCAGCAGAAGCCCCUGAGUCACUUGAACGUCUUCAAGCAGCUCUGGAAAUUGAGGCGGCAAUCUCGGACCCUCCAGCGGGGUGACACCCAAGUGAAGGCCCUCAGCGAUACAGUGCUGGCUGUUAAACGUUCCCUCGAGCAUGAGUCAACACUGCUGACCUUGAUGAACAUCUACGAUGGAGUGGAGACUAUCAAUCUGCAGCAGACUUUCAAGGACUUGCCGGCUCAGCUCAGAGUUCUUCUGAUCACGGAGCGAUCUCAAGUCAAAGUGGGCGAUCUUAUCAACUCUACCUCGCUGCAGCUGCAGCCCAAGGACUCUCUCAUCCUGGAGGCUACCUCUUCUUACUACGGUUACGCCACCAACGGAGAGCUCCGCUCGCUUCCCGCUCUCGGUGUUUAUCUCUGGCUGGCUCAAGUGGCGCUCUAUCUGAGCAGUCGUUGAGCUCCCACCCUAUUAGUUAUUAGCGGAAAAUAAAGUCAUAGCACUCGA